AUGCAGAGGACGGGGAGCACGGCGCGAGCGACGGAGGAGCACUUUGUGGGGACGAUGCCGGCGGGGACGUUGCCGCCUGCCGGCGGGGUGUCGCCGCCUCCGGGGAUUCAGACGAGGCGGCUGUCGGCGGUGGAAGGGACCGCGGAAUCGGACAGCCUGCUGCCAAAGUACGACCCUCAGUCGACCUUCGCCAAGAAGGAGGCGGCCCGCUCGAGGUCCGCGGAGAGCGCCAUCCAUCUCAUUCCUGUCAUCCUCAUCACCUGCGCCUUCAUCCUCUGGUUCUUCUCCAAUCCACGUAAGCCUUUCGAACUCCCGACCUAG